UUUCGCUUCCGCCGGAGCGCGGUCCCCGCCGCCGCCCGAGCAUGGACGACCAGGACUGGGAUUCGACCUGGGAGGAGGACGAGGAGGACGACGACGAGGGCCCGAGCGCCGGGGGCGACGAGCAUGGCGAGGCCGGCGGCCCGGGGGACGCGGACGCGGAGGACGACGACGAGGAUGAGGAGGAGCCACGGCCCCGAGCGCUCCAGUCCAGGAUGAUGGGGUCCCGAAACCGGCGAGCCAUGCAGGACACGCACAGGUACCGGCACCACUACCCGGAUUUGGUAGAAAGAGACGGCAAUGGCGACAUGCCAAACCUGAGCUUCUACAGAAACGAGAUCCGGUUCCUGCCUAACGGCUGUUUCAUUGAGGACAUUCUUCUCAACUGGAAGGACAAGUAUGACCUCCUGGAGGACAAUCACUCCUACAUCCAGUGGCUGUUUCCUCUGCGGGAGCCAGGAGUGAACUGGCACGCCAAGCCCCUCACACUCCGGGAGGUCGAGGAGUUUAAAAGCUCCAAGGAGGUCAGGGAGCGGUUUGUCCAGGCCUACGAGCUCAUGCUGGGGUUCUACGGGAUCCAGCUGGAGGACCGGGACACGGGCAAGGUGUGCCGGGCUCAGAACUACGAGAAGCGCUUCCAGAACCUGAACGGGCACAGCCACAACAACCUCCGCAUCACACGCAUCCUCAAGUCGCUGGGUGAGCUGGGCCUGGAGCGCUACCAGGCCCCGCUGGCCCGCUUCUUCCUGGAAGAGACGCUGGUGCACGGGAAGCUGCCGGGCGUGCGCCAGAGCGCACUGGACUACUUCGUGUUCACCGUGCGCUGCCGGCACCAGCGCCGCAAGCUGCUGCACUUUGCGUGGGAGCACUUCGAGCCCCGCUCCAAGUUCGUCUGGGGUCCCCACGACAAGCUGAAGAGGUUCAGGCCGCACUCUCCACCUCGUCCGCCCCUGCGGGUGGGCCCCAGGCAGACCGAGGUGGACGAGAGCCCUGGGGACUCUCUCCUUGCGUCUGGUGCCCGGGGGUGGACCUGUGAGCCGGGGAAGGACAAGGAGGGGGACAGUGUGGCCCCAGGUUCCCAGCCAGGAAGCGCAGAGCCCCAGGAGGCGUCAGCCCUGGAGAGGGACCAGGAAGAUGAAGCCAGGGGCUGCAGGGAGGAGGGGCCGGAGCCCUCAAGUCCUAAGGAGAGCAAGAAGAGGAAGCUGGAGGUGAACCGGCCUGAGCAGGCCCCAGGGGAACAGGCCCUCCAGGGUGCCUCAGAGGUGGAGAAGAUCGCCCUGAACCUGGAGGGCUGUGCCCUCAGCCAGGGCAGCCUCCAGGCAGGGACCCAGGAAAUGAGCAGCCAGGACCCAGGGGAGGUGGAGCAGCCGUGCCCCCAGCCUAGUGUGGCCAAGGUGGCCGACGAGGCGAGAAAGCGAAGGAAGGUGGACCAGGGCACCGAAGCCGACACUGAGGUUGUGGUCGACACUGAGGUGGUGGCCGGUGGUGAGGCCCCAACACCAGCCCCCACCUGGCCCCCUGCCCCAUCAGGACGCCCUGAGGCCAGAGAGGGUGAGAAUGGGGUCAAGGAGGAGGCAGAAGGCUAUGCGGGGCCGGAGCAGGGUGCCCCCCAGAGCCCAGUGGCUGCAGGACCCACAGCAGAUGAGAAGGCUGUGGCGACGGAAGUGGGGCCGUCUGCCGAACCUCCAAAGUCUUAAGGGAAAGGAGAGCCAGCCGUCCAUCUGGGAGCCAUGGUGCCAGCUGUCCUCAGCACCCAGCAGUGCUGGCCCCUCCCUGUGGUCACUGCAGCAGCCAUUGCAGCCGCUGGAAGGACACGCCCCCCUAGGGAAGGCCAAGGACUGGGGGUCCUCCCCACCUCGCUCUCUUUUCCACCUCCCCGCUCUGUGCCCUGCCCCUAUCUUUGGAAAUUGGCCUUUAAGAGUCUUGGGGGAGUGGGGCUCAUUUUCUUAGUCUGGUUCCGAGGCCUUUCUGAAUAAACUCAUUUGACUUUGA